CUGUCUCUCUCCCACCCACGGGGCGUCCUGCAGGGAGCGAGAGAGACAGAGAGACGAGGGCGGUGGGCCGCACGCUAUCGCCUAAUGGAGAAGACUAUUAGAGAUGUCGGCCAGGCGGCCAGGCGGGCGAGGGUGGCCGUUGACGCCGAGGUGGCACUGCAGCACUGCAUUCCCCAGGACGCGGCACAGCGUCAGUCAAGCCGUGGCCAUGGCGCGUGCGGGUGGUGCGGGUGGUUUGACGGCGUGGGUCCUGGGGCUGCUCCUGCUGGGGUGCUUGGUGGACGCCCUGUCCGCGUACGGCGUCGACGGCUUCCCGGAGAGGGAGGCCUUUUUCGACGUGGAGGACGCGCCGCCCAUCAACCCGCUGGAGGGCGUGUCCCUGACCGUCUCCUGGGACGGCUCUGCAGGCGAAGCGACGGAAUGGCCUGUGUGUGAACCUGGAGGCAGCUACUCACGCCCCCACAAAGUCUACUGUGAUCGCUACUUCACAUGCCAAAAUGGACAGCCCUACCUGGGCCAGUGUCUCGAUGGCUACGGCUUUGUGCUCUUCAAAGGUUGUCGACUACUUCAUGAAGUAACUUGUUCGGCAGGCAAAAAAUUGCAGGCUCCCAAGGGAAGAGGAGUCUGCGAAAGGCUGUUUGGCAUUUACCCUGACCCCAACAACUGUAACCGCUUCUACAAAUGUGACAAUAGCACGGCAGUGCCAGACACCUGCCCCAAAAAUUUAGUAUUUGACAAUGAAAAGAAAAUGUGCCGAACACCAACAGAUGAGGACUUGGUUCUGUGUGAAAAGCCCAAUACAGAGGCCCCAUUAAUUGCCCCAACCCCAAAACCUGAAGAUUCAAUGAAACCAGUGCUAUUCAAGUGUCCUCUACACAAUAUUUUGGAGUUUGGAGACCACUCACGUCAUCCCUACCCAGGAAACUGCCAUUUCUUUAUUAUGUGCCUGCGAGAUGGAACGAUGAAGGUUGGUAGCUGUGAACCAACGACAGCCUACAAUCCAGUCACAAGCAACUGUGAUCCUAUAUCAAAGGUUCCCAACUGUGUUUAACUCUUGAGUAUAUGUUUUACUAAAUGUUACAACACAUUUGAUGAUAGUCAGUUGACUGCAAAAUCUUCAUUUUAAUUUCUUUUAAAAUCAGAUUUAACAAUAAGAUAACAAUAUUAAAAUGUUCCGAAUGAUGUAUGUUAACAAGACAUAGAAAUAUUACUGACCAUCAUUUCUCUGUCAGCUUGACUUCUUGUUUGAGCUACAGCCUUCAAUAGUGCUUUACCUUCUUCUCUUGUCUGUAAAGAAAAAAAGAAAAAAAAACAUAAGAGUGAGUCCAAAAUAAAAAAUUCAAAGCAAAUUUAUUGAGCUUCUGGAAUACUAAAUUUGAAGGCCUACCUCUUCAUAAUCAAGACAUUUAUGAGCAUACUUGUAUGCUUCAUCUAAUUGGUUACGUUUGAUGUAAUGGUUUGCAAGGUAUUUAUAAGCUUGGCUAACUUCGCUCUU